AGAUAUUUUUCAAAAACAUCUGACAUCUCUGCGUCACAUUCAAAUCACCGCUUUUCGCGUUGUGUAUUUGUGUCGUAAUUAUUGGUUUUAUCAGUUUUAUUGGAGUGUUGUAUCAAUUACGAGACUUUUGCUACAAACUUCCCAGCUACAGGCACAAUGUCAACCACGGUGGACAUUGAUCCAACCUUCAAGCACGCCCUGAAAUUGCUCCACUCGGGUAACAUAGAUUCGGCGGAAAAAAUACGCAACCUUUUAGAUGAACUGAUUAAGCAACGCUUCGGUGGUAGCAAAACGCUGAUCAAUACCCUGAGUAAAAAACACCUGGAUGAAGAACGCUCAGCCGUCGGAAGUAAUCUGUACGUUCGAAAGCAAAAACCAGCUCCGGUGGUGGUCGCUCCACCUAUAGCCGCUUUUGAUUCAAAACAACAAUCACCAGCUAACAGUUUGGCGGCCACGGAAAGUGCAGUCCCGACGCCAGAGUCACUGACCGUUCCGCCACCAGCGGGAUCAAUAAUUCUAUCGAUUUCUGAUGUUGAAGGAAAUGAUGAAGAUGACGAGGUGGUAAUGGAGGACGAAAAGUUAAAAGAGUUGGAGGAUUUGAUGUGCAUAGUAUGCCGAAGAAUGGAUGUAAGCGCAAGGAACCGAUUAGUGGAAUGCGCAGAUUGCACUUCGUUGUAUCAUCAAGACUGUCAUAAGCCAGUGAUUUCCGAAGCCGAUGCAAAUGAUCAAGAAAAUGCCUGGCUGUGUACUCUUUGUAAGGGCAAAUCAAUCAGUAAGUCGUCCUCGUCACCAUCGACUAUAGGGUCACCAGCUAAAAUUUCAUCUUCAUCGCACUCCAAGUCGUCUAGCAGCAAAAGCUACGAAUCGUCCUCGUCUUCCUCCAGACAUAAAAGCUCCAAGUCGAGCAAGGAAGGGUCGUCCCACGAGCGCGGUGAGCGUGACAGAGACAGGGAUAGGGAACGGGAUCGAGAUCGCAGCGAUAGAGACCGAGAUCGAGACCGCGAUCGGGAGCGCGAUCGAUCCGAUCGAGAUAGAGACAGGGAAAAAUCAUCCAAAAGCAGUAGCUCCAGUUCGGCAACAUCUUCAAGCACGGCGGUCGCUGCCGGAGCGUCAUCUUCGUCGUCCGGAGUGGCGGGAACACCCAGUAUCAAUAUUAUUAGCGCUGAUAAGCGAUUGCAAAUGAUGAAGAAAAAGGCGGCUAAGCUGCACGACAGCAAACGCAAACAUAAGUACUAGGGUAAGGAACGGCUUAAGCAGCAGCGCCUAUUUUAAUCAGUCGAAGAAAACAGGCCUAAAACUCCUGCAUUUCGAUCAAUAUCGACUAUUUCAAUGAUGGAAACGAAAACUUUGAUUGUCUAGCUGUCUUACGAAUAUAAGAAAUACCGUUAAUCACGCCUGCAAAACAGAUGGAAACUGCUUAAAAUAGGUUCGGGGUGAUUGGAAUAGUGUCCCUCGAUUGGUAACUCUAAUUGAUUAUUUUUGAAGUUUGCUAACUUAGUUUUACAAUCUGAAAACGAAUUCUGACAGACAAAACGAUAGAGAACAUAUUGAUAUAAUAUUGUUUGAAUUUCACUCAACACUUUUCGAGUAUUUCGUCUGAAUACACAGACGGUUCCUGAAGCUGCUUAGAAUAUGUUCCCUACCCUAUGUUAUUUGUAUUCAUUGAAAUUUGAAGUUUCGUUUUCCGAGUUUCUAGCACUUAGAAAAAUUUGAAAUUAUUUGAAUUUCGACACAGAUUUUGCAGCUUUUUUAGCCGACACUUUCGUUUAUACGAUGCUAAGCCAGUUUUUUCGGGGUAAAUUUGACUCCUCCCUUUAAGCAAUAUUGCCCUCUGCGUAGUGCGUCGUUUUUUCGACUAUUCUUGAUUAAAAAAAUAAAAUUAAACCUCGAUUCUGGUAUUUGUUUUUUAUCGAUGUGUUAACAACGUCUCUUGAAUAUUUUUUUUUUAUAUGCCCAGCUGUAGCGUUAAUACGCUGGAAUCUAAGGCUGGGACUUUGAGCGGAAUCUAACAGCAUUACAGAAGAGCGUAGCCAUGUUGCUUACUUCGACACUGCAGCCUUACGGCUAUCUGAUAGAUUCCAAGUUUGGUUUCGGAUUGUUUUAUUGGUUACUGUUGCACUAGGCCCAAGUUAUAUAAUGAAUGUAAGGUCAAAACCUCCAGGAGC